AUGAAAAUCUUAAGCUGGAACUGUAGAGGGCUUGGCAACCCUCGCACAGUGAAUACUUUCCGGAGUUGGUGCUGGAGAGAUCGGCCAAAUAUUGUCUUCCUUAUGGAGACAAUGAUUGAUAAGCAAGCUUUAGAGAAGGUGAAACAAAAAUGUGGUUUUGUGAAUGGUAUUUGUCUCGAUAGUGUGGGUUUGUCAGGUGGUAUGGGGCUGUGGUGGAAUGAUGUUAAUGUGACAGUUCGGUCUUUCUCGAUGCACCAUGUUGCUGUAGAUGUGUGUGACGAUAAUGAUGAUGUCUUAUGGAGGGCUGUUGGAGUGUAUGGGUGGCCGGAUACGGCUAACAAACACCAGACGUGGCAAUUGAUGCGUCGACUUUGUGCAGGGGAUGAUACUCCUAUGAUGGUUUUUGGAGAUUUUAAUGAGAUUACUAGUCUCAAUGAGAAGUUUGGAGGGGCGAUUAGGGGUGAAAACCAUAUGGAUGCUUUCCGUAAUACUAUUGAUGACUGUGAGCUGAGGGACCUGGGUUAUAAAGGAAGUGUAUUCACUUGGCAACGUGGUAAUUCGAUGGCGACGUUAGUGAAGGAACGGCUCGACCGUUUUCUGGCGAAUAAUGGAUGGAUGGCAAUGUUCCCCUACUCAGAGGUUAUACACUUUCCCAUUUAUAAAUCGGAUCACGCCCCGAUUCUUUUGAAAUUUGGCAAGGAUAAAACAAGAUAUAAGAAGGGAAAGUUGUUUAGAUUUGAAGCUUUAUGGUUAUCAAAAGAAGAGUGUGCCGAAGUAGUGGCGAAGGCUUGGAAGGACUGGGGGUCUGAUGCAAUUACUGUUCGGGUGGCUGGGGUGGCAGCUUCACUCUCAAAAUGGGCUCAUACAACGUUUGGUGAUCUUCAAAAACGUAUCACCAAGGCGGAAAAAGCUCUUCACUUGCUGUAA